CAGCAGCAGCUGCAGCAGCUGCAGCUGCGAGUGGAUUCGCUGCAGCAGCAGCUGCAGCAGGAACGCCAGAAGGCCCGAGAUGAGGCUGCAGCGCUGCAGCAGGAGACAGCAGCCCUCAGGCAGCAGCUGCAGCAGCAACAGCAGCUGCAGCAGCAAGAUAACGGAGAGCAUGGGCAGCAGGAGCGGCAGCAUUUGGUGGAGCAGCUACAGCAGCAGCAGCAGCAGAUCAAGCUGCUGCAGCAGCAGCUUGAGGAGAAGCGGCAAGCGUCAGCUUCUGCGGUGGACGCAGAAUUCAAUGGACAGCAGCAGCAGCAGGACUUGAGGCAGCAAGUGGAGCAGCUGCAGCAGCAGCUUGCAAGCCAGGGCCAGCAACUGGAGGAAAAGGAGCAGCAGCUGCAGCAGCUGCAGCAGCAGCUGCAGCAGCAGACCGAGAAGGCGGCGCAGCAGCAGCAGCAGCUGCGCGAGUACGAGCGGAAGAGUGCUGCCGCUGCUGCAGCCAGCAGCAGCAGGAGCAGCAGCAGCAGCAGCAGCAGCCUGGCGAAGUCUCUGCAGACGCUGCAGCAGGAAAUAGCCCGCAUUCGGCUGCAGCACGAAGCCGCGCUGCAGUGUCUGGGCAGCUCUGCUGCUGCUGCUGACCAGGGCACAGCAGCAGCAGCAGCAGCAGCAGGGCAGCAGGCGUUCGACGACAUUGGAAAUAUAAUCCAGGGCAUGCAGCGAGAGCAGCAGGAGCAGCAGCAGCAGCAGCAGCAGCAGCCGCACCUGCUGCAGCCGCUGCAGCAGCCGGGAAGCCCCUGCAGCAGCGUGGCCUGCAGCACGAGGGUGCGGUCGCGGCGCAGCAGCAUCGUGAGCAGCAGCAGCAGCAGCAGCAGCUGCAUCUCUUCGAUGCUGACAGCAGUGCAGCGCAUGCAGGAGAUUUACACGAAAGCAACAGCAGCAGAAGCAGCAGCAAGGCAGCAGCAGCAAGGAGCCAGGCAGCUAAACCGCAGCAGCUUCUCUGUCUUGUCCAGCCGCUUCCCCGCGCUGCCGCUGCUUUCUGCUGCUGCUGCAGCAGACCCCAGCCGCCCCUCAACGCCUUCCCACCUCAGCGUUGCUUCGCUUCCGGUGAAUGUCCAAACGCCUGCUACCCGCAUGUGGGGCAGCGCACAUCCCGUGCUGCAGCAGCAGCUGCAGCAGCAGCCGCAGCAACACCAGCAGCAGCCGGAGCUCCAGCAGAAGCAGCAGCAGCAAAAGGCGCAGCAGCAGCAGCAGCAGCAGCUAUGGGAAACGCCACAGACCCCUCCGCCGCUGAGCGUAUCGAGCGUAGCUUCCGGAGACUUCAAGCAGCAGCUGCAGCAGCCGCAGCAGCAGCAGGAUCCGCAGCAGCAGCAGCAGCAGCCGGAGCAGCAAACCACUUCGAGUAUUUCCUCGCUGCAGCGGCCGCAGCAAGGCUCUGUCACGACAGCAGGAACAGAAGGGCCUUUGGGCCUCAGCAGCAGCAGCAGCACCGCUUCCCCGCCCUUGUUCGCGCAGCAGCAGCAGCAGCUGCAGCAGCAGCUGCAGCACUACGACCAGCAACAGCAGGAGCCGAUGCAGCCCUUCGUAUGGGAACACCGGCUGCUGCCUCCAACUGGAAGUGCCACAGCAGCAGCAGCAGCAGCAGCAGGCGAUGCCUUUGUUCGGAUCUGCUGUUGUGCUGACACCCAAUGGGCUGCAGCAGGAGCAGCAGGAUAA